AUGGCAUCUCAAUCCUCCACUGGCGCAUCACGCAAGCGCAAGCAGCCAUCUCCAACUCUCCGAGCCAACAAGCGCCGGCGACAGCAGCAACCAGUGGCACGAGCGCGGGUCGCUCGCGCGAGAUGUCCAAGACGCCGGGAGCCCUACUCCGUCUUGGGCCUGGACUUUGAGGACGUCGUGAAUCUGCCUGAGUGGCAGCAGCAUGCUGCUAUCAACCGGGCAGUUGGAGCCGCCACGUGCAGCGUCCCCUCCGGCGCAGACGAGGAUCCACUGUCUCCUUUCCACCAGCGUAUCUCCGAGGUAUGUAUCAUCCAGCAAAGCCUCACGACUGUACUGACGCCCCAUACAGAUCGCAGAUGCGAGGAUGAUCUUGGAGGACGAGCGGAUGCGGUCGAGGCUCAAUGCUUGGUACGUGGAUGCAGACGGCAGCAAAAAGAGAGAGAACUUGGCUAAUAUCUACAGCCUGUCCAAUCUGUAUCUCGGUACUGUCCUCAACGCGGCGCGGAUUCUGGGAAUCUACAACCCCCUCGCGGACGAAGACGAGACCAAAGGGGUCAACAAGCUUGGCCAGGAGGAGUGGGCAGCCUACGGAAAGCUUGGCGGUGUCGUCGCUGAAUACGUGCGUGUUUUCUCCUCUACGUGGGCGAGAUUCGUGGGCUGACCUCGUAGCAGAUCAACCACGCCAGCAAGCAUCUCCUUGAUACCCUGGACGAGCGCAGAGCGUCACCACCUGAUUCGCCGGGAGAUUCCGCCUAUUGGUCGGUCGAGUGA